AUGGAGUUGCUUAUUGGUGAAAAGAAGCCAUUGGUGCGCAAAAAACGCAAAGAGCGCUCGAUUGGAUAUCUGUUAGCGCGAAAAUUAGCAAUGUCCUCGUAUGGUGCAAUUGGUGUUGAUAAUGAUACUGAUCCACUUCUCGACGACACACCAUCAGCCACUGGCGGAAUUCCAAUUGGAAGAAGACGAGCAGCAUCAUCAUCGAACCUAGGACGCUCUCCUGGCAGUGGAACGCCUUCAAGACAGCCCUACUUGUUCACAGGCGGUUUGGGACUUCGCGAGGAAAGCCUACUCUCGUUGCACUCGGAAGAUGAUCUACAUCGUGAGCACAAUAAUGCUCUUCGAUAUCGACUGUAUAACAGACUGGAUCCCGGUGGCGAACAUUUUACGAUGCCCGAUCAUGUGAUCCCAGCCAGUUUGUUCUCGAUUCUUCCGUUUGAAGAGCUCAAAGACGUGUCGGGAAAACAAGGAAGCCUUGUGACAAUAUUUUCCAUUUGGAAUACAAUGAUGGGAACCUCGCUUCUCGCCAUGCCAUGGGCUCUUCAACAAGCUGGACUUGUUUGGGGAAUCGUUAUUAUGCUUGUGAUGGCCGCUUUAUGCUUCUACACUGCGUUUAUUAUUAUCGACAGUCCUAAAAGGAUAGCGCAAAUGGAUAUUGAUCCAAGUCUCGCAGAAUUCUCCGAUGUAUGUAAAGCAUGGUUUGGACGUGUUGGCGAAAUGACGGCUACGAUAUUCAGUGUAUGCGUGUUGAUUGGAGGAAUCAUUGUCUAUUGGGUGCUCAUGUCAAACUUCCUUUAUUACACUGGAGCUGUGGUAUACGAGGCUUUGCAACCGAAUAGCACAACGAUUCCAGUAAUGGAAAAUAAGACAUUCACAUGCGAUGUUUACUGUCCCGAAGACAUGGUAUGGUCGGCUCCGAGCUGGGAGCAAACCAUGAUGGAUGCGAUUGAGCAGUUGGAAGGCGACGACAACUGGAGUUUUGACAAGUUCUGGUCCCUUCAGGGAUCUGUUCCAAUUUAUCUCGCAUUUGCAUUGUUUCCUUUGAUGAACUUCAAGUCGCCGACAUUUUUCACCAAAUUCAAUGUUCUCGGAACGGUUUCCGUCAUGUAUCUACUCCUCUUUGUAUUCUCGAAACUUCUCGAAUGCGGCGUCAAUAUGGAUUUUACGAAUCCCAAAUCGAUCCACUAUGUUAAAUUGUUCAAUUGGCAUUUUCCGGCUCUCAGCGGAACAUUGACACUCUCAUAUUUUAUUCAUAACGCGGUUUUGACGAUUCUGCGAAAUCAAAAGCAUCCCGAGAACAAUGCUCGAGACUUGUCGAUUGGCUACUGCUUGGUCGCUUUUUGUUACGUUUUCAUUGGAUUCACAUUUUUCGCAGCUUUUCCUGUUCAAAGAACCUGUAUAAGUGAUAAUUUCUUGAACAAUUUCGGCGCUGGCGAUGUUCUAUCGAGCACCGCCCGUCUUUUCUUGCUAUUCCAAAUGAUUACCGUACUCCCACUGCUUAUGUUCCUCGUCAGAUCGCAGCUGUUUUACGCAAUCUUUGGGAAAACCUGGCCAGGAAUAAUUAAAGUAGUGAUCCUCAAUAUGGUUCUCAUUGCAAUUGCUGUUGGUUUUGCAACAUUCUAUCCCAACGUUGGAAGCAUUUUGAGAUAUGUUGGUUCAAUAUCGGGUCUGAUCUACGUGUUCGCCCUUCCGUCUCUCGUCUAUAUCCGUCAAAAUCGUGCCAUGGGAACAUUGACGCCUUUCAAAAAAUACGCCCAUCUUGCGAUUAUCGCCGUCGGCGUUGUUAACCUCAUUGCUCAAUUUGUAAUUUAG